UGAACAUACCACACAGUAAAAUGAAAGAGAAGAAGACGACUGAUUUAAAGCUCCUCACAGAAUAAUGCGAGUCUAUUUUAUAAGGUGUGUUUUCCUCCUUUUGGGGAUUUUCUGCUUCUUCAUCUUCACCUUUUUUUACAGGUAUGUGCGCCAUCACACACGUCAGCAUCAACAAAGACAGCAGACCUGGGGUCAGGUGACACGGAUGACGCCGACAGCUCAGCAGGAAAACAACACGAUAGAAGCACCGUGCUCCCUGAGGAAGGAGGUGAGGAAGCAUCCAGUCUUCAGGAGGAAGUUCCAGUUCUCGGUGCCGGUUCUUCAGUGGGCUGAGAGUUUCGCCAGACCGACCUGGGAGCAGCUGAAGAAGCGCAAACCUCCGUACGGCUGGAAGGAACUUCCUGUUAACGUCCUCGACUCCACCCUCUCUCUUCUUAAAAGCUCCGAUCUCUUUGAUGGCCGCUCCCCUGGCAGGUGCAUCCGGCGUGCCGUGGUGGGAAACGGAGGUAUCCUCCGAGGGUCCCGGCAGGGGAUGAACAUCGACAGUCACGACUUUGUCUUCAGAAUGAACGGGGCAGUGAUCACAGGCUUUGAGGAAGACGUGGGCACGAGGACUUCCUUCUACGGCUUCACCACCAACACCUUGAAGCACGCGCUGAGCUGGUACCACGACGACGGCUUCACCGAAAUCCCUCAGAGCCCGGAGACCAAAUACAUCUUCAUCCCAUCAGACCUCAGAGAUUACGUGAUGAUAGCCGCUGCUAUUCGGGGACAGACUGUCAGCUUGGGCACAGAUAGAGGAGACAGACCCUGGGAGCAUUUUGGCCACCAAGCAGCUGAAAACUUCAGGCUCCUCCACCCAGGCUUCAUCUCCUACGUGACACACAAAUUCCUGUCAUCGCCUCGGCUGGCUGAUGUCAGGGUUCGUGAGAUGUACAUGCCGAGCACUGGUGCUCUGAUGCUGAUGACUGCCUUACACACCUGUGACCAGGUUUCUGCCUUCGGUUUCCUCACCAGGAACUACGCAUCGUUCUCCGAUCAUUACUACGACUCCGUGUGGAGGCCUCUGAAGUUCUACGCCAACCACGACCUGCCGAUGGAGGGCGAGCUGUGGGAGGAGCUGUACCGUCACAGGAUCAUCAUGCUGUACCAGAGGAGCGCAGACAGCUGAGGGAGGCGCAGAAGAGGUUCCACUCCUGAGCUGGUUUUUGUGGGGACCUGAAACCUUCUCACUGUUUCGGUGUUUCCUGAAGAGAAACAAAAACUUUCACAUUCAGGUUUUUCUUUGUUUUACCCCAGAAAAUAUAUAGAGAAGAAAAUCAUUAAAAAUUAAGGAGGUUCUGAGCUUCAUGAUUUCUUAUCAAAGUGGACACACGAGGCUGAAUUCAGUUCAUCACAGACAAACCUUCCUUCCUAUUUUAUUCUAUUAUUUAUUGUACUUUAUUCUAUUGUAUAUAGUAUUUUAUUCUAUUUGAUCUUUUUCUAUUCCAUUGGUUUUGUCUUAAUUUUUGCUGCUCUUAGCUUGUACUGUCCACUUUCUGCCGUGACCAAAACAUUUCCCACGGGUGGGACUAAUAAAGCGUUAUCUUAUCUUUCCUUUUUACAAAAACGCUGAUACUUUUACAGAAAUCAUCUGAACUGCAGGUUCCUGCAGACACAUAACACAGAAUAUUUCUGUCACACAGAGGAAAACUAUAAAGACGGUGAAUGUUGGUUUCUGCCAUACUAUACUAUACGUUACUAUAGUAACCUCACAGAGCCAUAUUAUUGGUCAGAUCAUUAGAAAUGCUCCAAAAGGCUCCAACAGCACAAACAUGGUCCAGAGGUCCAGCUCAGGUGAAGACGGGCAGACAGCUAGCAGCUACAUCCGCCCGCGUCACCAUCCACCUGUCAGUCACAGAGGCCACGCCCCUAAUAACACAAACUUUAAUACAAUUUAAACAGGUGAGUUAUAAAUCCGUUAUUAUUAAUUAUCUACAGAGAAGAACCAGUUUUUGUAUCAGGCUGUAAACUGUUUAUUUCUGUUGUAAGGUUUUAACAUGGGAGUCUAUGGGACUGACUUACUGCUGCCUCUGCUGGGCGUCAGAGGAACUGCAGCUUUUGGCGCUUCAUUUUUCAUUUUGUUUUUUCUAAUUAGUUAUAUAAAUAUUUUCAGCCCUGUUUAGCUCCUCCUGUUUUCAGUGUCAGGUAUAAACGUGGAGCAGGUGAAGGAAAGAUGAAAGUGAAGUUGAAUGGAUGCUGGACGCUGUAACAGAGUGAUGACGAAGUUCAUGAACCGAUCAAACAGAAAAAACUUCUUUCACUUUUAAAUCCUUCACUGCUUCUGUGAAAGGAGGAGAUUAAAUGCUGGGAGGGUCUCAAGUUUUCCUCAGUGUACCAAAGGAGAGG